AGAAAGGUAUUUUCGUUUCAUUGAGCUUUUUCAUUAACCAAAUUUUGAGAAACCUUUUUUUCUCUCUCUCUCUCUCUCUGAAACUCAAAGCCCUAUUGCGUAUUUUGCAAUCGACCCCAAUAAUGGCCAACAGUAACCUUCCUCGAAGAAUCAUCAAGGAAACACAGCGUUUGCUCAGUGAGCCAGUUCAUUCCAUGGCAUCGAAAAAGAAGCAAUCGGAAGGAAUCGCUUUAUUAUCCAUGUACAACGAUAACAGUGACGACGAAAUGGAAGACGCCGAAGAAGAAGAAGAAGAGAACGUGAUGCGCGAAGAGGAGCAAGAUGAGGCCGCUGAACAAGUGGCGGAGGAAGAUUUGGCAGCCGAUACGGAUAGAAUGACGGUUGCUGAUUCCGGCAACGAGGUAGCCGGUGAUGGUUUUACUCCGACAGAGAGGAGUUGGACGCCAUUGCAGGAGCAACUAAAGGUUGAAUUGAGGAGCAGUAGAAGUGCUACGCUUACGAUAGUUGAUUAUGGUCACGAUGAAGUAGCAAUGUCACCUGAACCUGAGGAUGGAGAGAUAGAUGGUAGUGGUAGAGUCAUGUUUGGGGAUCAACUUCAUGUAACCAAUGGUGAUUUGUUGGAUAGAACAUCAUCGGGAACAGUCCAAGUUUUGACACCUAAUAAUCAAGCUAACACUCCCCAAUUUUCCGAGACAUUGAAAUCUGAUGCCUUGUAUAAUGACGACAUGAUUAGGCCUGAUGAUGCAGAGGUUGAAGGAGAAGCAGAUCAUGAUGAGGAUAAACCUGUAGAUCCAUUGGAUAAAUUUCUUCCUCCUCCACCCAAAGUUAAAUGCUCAGAAGAGCUACAAAGAAAAAUAAAUAAAUUUCUGGAGUAUAAGAAAGCUGGAAAAAGUUUUAAUGCAGAAGUUCGCAACAGGAAGGACUAUCGAAACCCUGACUUUUUACUGCAUGCUGUAAGGUACCAGGAUAUUGAUCAAAUAGGGUCUUGCUUCAGUAAAGAUGUAUUUGACCCUCAUGGAUAUGAUUCAAGUGACUUCUAUGAUCAAAUAGAAGCUGAUAUGAGGCGGGAAAGUGAUAGGAAAGAGCAAGAGAAGAAGAAAGCCCAAAACCAGAAGGUUGAUUUUACUUCUGGGGGUACGCAACCAGGAAUUAUGCUUGGUGCUCCCAGGAUCAGCAUGCCUGUUACAGGUGGCUCUGCUGCUUCUACAGGUGGUUUGCAUCUGGUGCCUCCUGCAGUUGAUUCUAUUAAUCGGGAUGGUAGACAGAACAAAAAAUCUAAAUGGGACAAGGUGGAUGGUGAUCGAAAAAAUCCUCUGCCCUCUGUGGGGCAGGAUUCUGUAUCUACAGCUGGGUCUCAUGCAGCAAUUUUAUCUGCUGCUAAUGCUGGCGGUGGAUACAUGCAAUUUGCGCAGCAAAAACGACGAGAGGCAGAGGAGAGAAGAUCUAGCGAAAGGAGGUUGGAAAGAAGAUCGUAAGCCAUUCAUUUUGUUCUGUUGUAACAGACAUUGUUGUAAGCGGUGGUUGAGAUUUCUCUGCAUUACAUUUUUGCUUGUUUGUUAUUUCGGCAACGAUAAGAGACACUGUAUAUUCUCAGAAAUGAAAAGAAAUUUACUGUUUCA